UUAGAAAACACCAUGACUACCCUAGCAACAACCUCAAUCACCCGAGCAAAAUCCAACCAACCACUACCAUAAUGACUACCUAUCUUUCUAUCUUUAUUUUCUUAUCAACUUCCCAGUCUCACACUUUAUACUUUACACCUUUCUCUUCAUUUGUCUCCUGUUCUCUAUAUCUCUGUCUUUACACACCUCUCCUAUUCCUUUUUGGCCUCCUUCUCUUUUGUCUCUCUCUGCAUGCCUUGAAUUGCGUUAAAUGUACCGAUCUUUUAAUCAAUAUUUAUUUAGAAUGUUUAGCUUUUUUGCUUUGCAUGCACUGGUAUAUCCUUCAGGAAAUGCACAUCUAGUUACUCACGUGGGUAAAUAUACAAAUAAACACAAAAAUGACUAGAACAUAGGGAAAUAAGCUCACUAACGAGUUUCAAAUCAGUCUAAGAAAGAAAGACCAGUUGAGAAGGUUGGCUGGGUCCCACAGGGUUCAGUUUGGUUCAGCGCUGCUGUGCAGAGAACACACACCGAUAAGGCGUAGCUGGGAGUGUGUCAUAUUACAUUACACAAAAAACGUCACUCAUUCGCAAUCGCAAAUUCAAGUCAGAAGACAAGGCGACCUCAAGUCUCAGUGAUGGCGUUCGUUGUCCAAGUUCUGGUGUUUUUGGGGACCCUUUUAAUGGUUGCAGCUGAUGAUGAUGAUUGUAAGAGUUACUAUGAUGGCAGCACAUAUCACCAAUCGGUGGACUGCAAGUAUGGUACAUACUGCUGUGGUAGCUGUGAAAAACGAUUCUGCUGUUCAAUGUCUUCAUUCCGUUUCAGUGAGCAUGACCAAGAGGACUGCAUCAUGUCCAGUGGACCAACGACAUAUGCGAUCUCUGGGAUUGUUGCUUCCAUGGUCGUCGUCAUCCUCCUUGUCAUCUGCUGUUGUGUGUGCCCCUGCUGCUGCCUCUAUAAAAUGUGCCGGAAGCCCAGACCGGUGAUAGCAACAACACACACGACAACAGUGGUCACUUCACCAUAUCCCCAAAACACCACCCCUGCCCAACAGUACCCAGGGUACCAACCUAUGGCGCCGCCGCAGCCUGGCUAUGGAACCCCAGCAGGGUAUGGUGGUCAACCCAUGCCUAGUGCACCAUACCAAGGGCAACCAUACGCUCCUGGACCCCCUCCUCCUUAUGUGGAGAGUGCUGGCCCAGGGUAUCCUGUCAACUACAGCCAGGCAGCAUUCACGCCAGGUCAACAGCCCUACCCAAUGCAACCACCAGUACCAGCUGGUUACCAGACCCAGCCUCCGCCAUCCACAGAUUUCAAUUCCGCUCAGCCUGCCUACAAUCCUGCCUAUGUUCCUCAGCCUGCCAAGCCUGCCUACUAAACACCACAUGCGUUCCUAACCAAGCCCAAGACGGAUGCAGACCCCCCCGGAACACCGUAGCCCUGCUCUGUUAUUUACUCUUAAUUUAGAGUUUUGCAAACCUUUUUUCCUAGAGUGCCAGACCACAUUAUUGAUCUGAAAUAGAAAUCCGCCAUGCUGAUCUUUGAGACUGUUACUUAGUGUGAACUGGCAGCUUCAUAGAAAGCACUCUUUUUCCUUUUCCUUCCUUUUACUCUUCUUUCCGCUUUGCCUUGUGAAGCCGUAAGCAAAAGGGAAUAUAUGUGCCGUAUGUGAGUCAUGUCGUUGUGCAAGCAGUGCAAGCUAUGUCCAGCACAAUACUAGUAUUAUGCACUGAAGUCAAUUCUUAAGGAAAAGUUUACAUGUCACUUUAUUUUAGCAUAUAUAGAAUUCUAUGACGUGCAUUUAACUUAUAUGUGUGUGUACCUUCUGACUGUGUGGAGCUACAUUUGUGAACCAAGGUGAGUGAUUUUUCUCCAUAAACCAAAUGAUUUCGAAUGGUUCAAUCUGAAUUCCUCUCUUCCUAUGAAUUCUCAGGUUAUGUCAAGCCUGAAUGUAAAAUUGCUCAUUGAACUAGCGAUGUUUUGUGGUUUUUUAGUUUUCUCCUUCUAGUUUCACAGUAUGCCUUAUUUCUCUUCAUACUGGAUGAUGUUUGAGGUAUUAGUCAAGAGAAAAGCCAACCAGUGCUUUGGUUAGGAUAAUUGUUGUAACUGUAAUGUAAACUCGAGGGAUAGAUUUCUUCAGUAUGGAAGCCUUUUCACAAUUAGUGUCAACUUCUAAUUUAUAUGAGCUGAAUAAUAUUGUCAUAAUAUGUUAUGAAAGAAAGUGUCUCUUUAUGCAUACUGUGGCCAACAGGAUAUCAAGUUCAAAUAUUGUGAUUACAAAAUUAAACAGGUUUAAUUUUGACCAUACCAGUUCAGUUGAAAAGGUAAAACUGGUAGCCUUAUAUCCCUAUCGGGUCAACAACCACCAAAUAUUGCAUUGGCAUUACAUUUUAUACAGUACGUCUUCAAAAAAUGGUCCAUUCUUCUGAAUCCUUCACAGCUUUUCAGAUUUCACCUGUGUUUGUGACAUGGGGCAAGCUUAAACUCUUGGUUUAAGACUCGCUAGCCCCAGCCAGUGCCAAAGGCCAUCUCCCUAACGGACACCCAUCCAUCCAUGGUUUAAUAUUGAUUUCAGCUAAAUACAUUUGCCAAGUGCCUUUGUUUUACACUCUUUUACAUUUUCUUUAAUCCAACUUCUGCAUGCAUCGUUGCAUUUUUCUAAUGGACAUCCAUGCCACGUUUGGCCUGGGCCUCUGCUGAAAUGGCUGUAACUAUCUUUUGAGACCUCAACCAAGCCUUAGUUAUGCAUACAGUUCUGUUAUGUUAACUUGCAUAUAGGUGGAACUCUGGUUAACAAAAGACAAAUGUAAGUGGUAUGCUGUAUGUAUGCAUAUGCUGUGCAAUGUUUGUUUUUUUUUUAAUGUAUAUAUGUCCUUUACCUUUAACACAUUUUUAUGUCAACAAAUAAAGAACAUGCUUUAAA